GUCUGCAGCGAGAGAAGGGGGCGGGGCCCAGCAGCGCGCGCGCCAAACGCAGAGGGAAAGGGCGUAAGCCACGCCCACCCCAGGCGCGAGAGAGGUGGGCGGGUCCACGCCUGCGCGCGACUGGCCCGUUACCCGGAGACGCGCGCCGGACAGAACCCGCGCUGCAGCCGCCACAGCGAAGCCGGGCCUCCAGGGUGGGAGCUGAGAGGACGGAGCGGAGCCCCGAGCGAUGCCCAGGAGGAAGGUGAGAGACACGGGGAGAGGGGCGGAGAGCUGCGCUGAGGGGAGAGCCCGCUCUGUUCGGGGCCGCGUCGCACGCCCCCCUCCGCGACUCACGGUGGACGGCGGAAGCACCGGCUGCAGAGACGGCCAGAGCGAGCUGCGUCAGCGGUCUGUGAAUGGGGGAAACGCAGGCAAAACAAGGCCUGGUGUCGGUUAGUUGGCUCUAUUUUCUGAUUGGCUGGUUUCUGGCCGUACUGCGCGCUGAUUGGUCGGCUCGGUGUUGACGCCGGCGCGGAUAGGUCACAUGGAAUGUCAGUCAAGGGCUCGCACUUGGCGUGCUGUUCAUUGAUAAUCGGAGGCGCCAAUGGUGUUCUGGCCACGCCCUCUGUGUAAAGUUCUGCUGCGAUUGGCCGCCGAGCUCGUGACGUUUACCAGGCUGCCGCGCCUCCGUGGCUUGUGAUUGGCUCUCCAAGUUUCCUGGCUGCUGAUUGGUCAGGGCUGAGCCGUGUGGGGGGGUGUAGUCAAAACAAAUACUGUCAGUGGUUGGUGUUCAUGCAUUUUUAAGUUAGGGGACUACAACUCCCAUGAUGCUUUGCCUUUAAGAAUCUCUGAGCAUCAUGGAAUGUGUAGUCCUACCUCAAUCUAAUUCUGCAUUAAAUGCAGAUUAACAAAUGUAGUCCUUUUUCUUCUUGGUUGGUUGUGCUUUUCCUGCACUAUGUGCACUAGGAUAAGAAUACCAUAGAUUUGUCAGAGAUGUUUGCCUGAGAUGAGUUAAAGUGUUAUUUCAACUUUAGCUGAGAAAAGGUUGACAUGUGUAGCUUUGAAUAAAGCUGGUGUUUUUGUGUUCUUUGGAUUCAACAGAGGUUCUUUAAAAUAGAACUGUUACUUCUCUGGAACAGAAAGUACUUGUUUCCCACUCUCCUGUAAAUGCUAUUGAAGCGUUUAAUCCGGUGAGUACUGCAGUGCUAAGUAGUAAACAUACCUCAUUUAGCACAUCCUCAUUCAGGCCAACUUAGACAUACGCUGAUUCUUUGGGGAAAGAGGGGGGAGCUUGCAAAGGCUACAAACCACAGCUGGUAUUUUAUGUGCCCAAAGAAAAAAUGCAGGCAAAAACAUUGCAUGUGUUCUUUGGGGGUAUAAUCUAAUAAAUACUUAAAAAAAAAAAAAUUUAUAAAAUCAUUUUACUGGAGUGUUCCUUUAUUGAAAUGGAGGGGAACUGGUGGUGUGGCUUGGUCUUGUAAACAUAUAAGCAUCAGUUUAUCAAAAACACUUAAGCUUAAAAGAGAACACACCUGACACCAUAACUACUUAAUCUCAAUGCAGUGGCUUACCUUCCAGUGUUAGAACAUAUUCAAAUGGAUUAACACUGAAGUAGUGUCCCCAGGCAUCAGUCAGACUGCUUCUCCUCUGGUCCUUGUCCUAAUGCUGAAGUGUUUUCUUGAGCACCGAUGGGAGGCAGUUCGGUGUAGUAUAUCUGUACAGUCAGUAACAUGACUGUAUACUAAUAUACUGUAGUCUUUGACCAGCCUAAUAACAAAGUUGAGGUUUGGAUUGCAAUUCCCAUUGUGGGUCUAUGAUAUUCUGAUGUGGUUUGUAGUGUUUUUUUGUUUGUUUGUUUGUUUUGAAAUAUUUUACAUAAGACAUUUGUAGACAUCCUUUUUAGCACUCUGUAAAUAAAUUCCAUCUCUAGAGUAUCAAAAAAGAAUGCGUCCGCAGGAUAGGGGAAAAGACUUUUACAACAUGCGCUGAGUUCAGACUCACCACUUUUUUGAACACCUGUGUAAUAGCUCUAUAGGGGGAUCCUGUGGAAUUUUCUAUUGAUUUGUUUUUUUUUUACUCUGUCUGCUGGCAGAUGAAGCCAAUAAUAAGUUAGUGGUGUCCACUGUGAAAUGGUUCAGCUAAGUAUUUUAUCUUUUCCCUUGCUGCUACAGUAGAAGCAAACUUGUCACCUUGAGUUUUAUUCAGUUUUUUUUUUUUUCACGGUGACAAUGAUGCUAUGAGGUAUCCAGUUUAGCUGCCUUUGCAGUGUUACAUCCAUUUCUAAAAAGGAGUGGCUUGCAGUUGUGCCAGGUUGGGCCUAUUCUCUCUCUAUUGUCAAUCAAGAAGUGGAAGUGUGUGGGUAUGUAUUUAGGAAUGAGUGAUUGUGUUGAUGGUGUCCUAUUUCUGAGUUAGAUUCCAUCUGAAUGAGCAGAAUGUAUAACUGUAAAUCCUAAUGCCAGUUUGUUGCACCAUAGAGGAAUGCUGAAAGUGGUUCGGAUGGGACAGAAGAUUCCGAUUUCUCUACAGACAUGGAGCAUACAGACAGCUCAGAAAGUGACGGUAACUCCCGGGGCCCAGCACGCAUCACUCGAUCCACAGCCAGACUAAGUCAAAGCUCUCAAGGUGAGUGCUGAUGUGUUUUCUCGCUAGAGGCUUUGGGGCAAUAAGUACUGGUCGGCUAAUUGUUUGUUCAGUCGUAUUUAGAACGUCUAUAGUCAGAUUCCGAUGGCAGUCACACAACAAAAUAUGUCAUUGUCUCUAAAAAUAUUCUUGCUGUUAGUGUAACUUCAACCAGUGCUCUUGUUGCUAGUGUGAAAAUUGUGCUCUGUCAACAAAGCUUACAUUAAAACAGUGGUGAGAAGUAUACUGAUUACAUAAAGACAAGUUAUGUAAAAACAAUACCUUUAAAGAUUGCAACACCGUGACAGGAUGCUGAGAAGGUUUGGUGUUAAAAUGCAGUAUUUUGUUUUUGUACAACAAAGUGACAUGCGAUGCUAAUUAUCUCAAGAAAAAGCACGCGUUGAUACCAGCAACUUCUGUGGACUUAGUAGUUUUGAUUGAGGCUGCUCAGGUUUGCAUUGGAUAUGAUUGUAUAUUCCCAGUGGUUGAAAAAGCAUUGCAUAUACGAAGUUGAAAUGCUUAUGUGUGUUACUCAUUAGCGAAUUAGCAUUGCAAACACACUUUUUUUUUUUUUUUUUCUCUUUCUUUUUUUGCCAUCACUUUGUACAUGCACACAGCAAUUAAUUUUAAUUAACGCAGCAGCUAUUGCUAAUUCGGUCUAGUUCCUAAAUUGGCAGGAUUUUAUCGCCUACAGAAAACAGCUGUUUCCUUUCCUCCACUUUAAGCUAUUCUGUCUUACUCUGCUCUUGUUGGGAGAUACUGCCUUGUCAGCUUCAUUAGCUACUAAACCAUGUAUUAUGUGUAUAGGGUGGGGGUUAGGUAUUGCCUUUACAGUAUUAUUCCCAUCACAUUGCAAGGAGUGGAUUGGAAUAUAUUCUCUAAAACUUCUGUCCAAUUUGUCCCAUGUAAUGACAGUUGUUUCUGUAUGGGGACCCUGCAUAUCUGUGCAUUCUAAGGCAUAAUAUACACUGGGGCUAGACAGGUAUAUUGACAUUUUAGAAGUCUGGUUGGCAGACAAAUGGGGUUAUGUACAAAAUGUUUUCUGUCCACUUUUUUAGGCAUUUUUUCUGGCACCAAAUUGUUCCUUACUGUUCCUUACCUGCCAUUUUAUUUGCCUAUUUAUUAUUUCAUUUUUGGUACUUUUUGCUCACAAAUAUGUUGCUGGCAAUAUGUUAAAGGUGCAGAAGUGCACCUCCCCCUCCAAACAAUUAACAAUCUUUGUUUUUUAUUUUUAAGAAAAAAACCUUCAAUUUACAAAUGCACGUUUGUUUUCAGUAGUAAUUAUAUUCAUUUGUAUUAGUUUCUGAAUGUAAUCAAUUGGUAAAUUAUCAGCAGAAAGAAUCUGAAAGAGGAGUGAAUGGGAUUAUUACAGAAAAGGAGGUAAAAUGUGUCAAGGAUGGAGUAAACCGUUUUAUCAAUACUCGUACAGCGCUAAGGAAUUUGCUGGCGCUAUAUAAAUUAUAAUCGAUAAGAAAAUGGCGCAUGAGUACAAAACUGGCCCAAAUUCUUUAAUUACAAGCUUUCGGGGGAACUUCCUUUUCUCAAGUCUAAAGCAUAGAACUCAAAGCUGAGUUGUGAUACAGGGGUUAACCCCUUAAGGACACAUGACAUGUGUGACAUGUCAUGAUUACCUUUUAUUCCAGAAGUUUGGUCCUUAAGGGAUUAAAGCGACAUGAGUACUGUUUUACUCUGGAGACUUCGCUGAACACGAAUAUUAGUGAUUCAAAACAGUAAAGCAUAUUAUAGCGAUGAUAUUGUCAGGGAGAGUGACUUUUUUGCAUUUUUCACACACAAACUGCACUUUCACUGAUGAAAUCAUUGUUCUACGUUUUACUGUUUUGAAACACUAUUUGUAUUCAGCGAAGUCUCUUGAGUAUAACAAUACCCCCAAUGUGGUUUUAUAGUGUUUUUGAAAGUUACAGGGUCAAAUAUAAGGCUUGAUUUUCCAUUUCUUCACAUUGAAAUUUGCCAGAUUGGUUAUGUGGCCUUUGAGAGUGUAUAAUUCUGCAUUUGCAUAUUUUUUUGCAUUUUUAACACACAAACAAACAUAAAUGCUAACUUUGGCCAGUGUUUGUGAUUGGAUAUACCCGAUAUUGAAUACCCUGGGUUGUCUAAUUUAAAAAAAUAUAUAUAUGUACAUAUGAGGUGUGAUUCAGAGAUUUGUCAGAUAACAGUGUUACAAUGUCCCUAUUGAUACAUUUUAAAAAUAAAUAUUUUGAAACAGCAAUGUCCUACUUGUACUUAUAGCCCUAUAACUUGUAAAACAAAUCUAAGAACAUGUUAACAUUGGGUAUUUCUAAACUCAGGACAAAAUUUAUAAACUAUUUGGCAUGGGUGUCUUUUGGCGGUUGUAGAAGGCUAACAGAUUUUGGCAGUCAAACUUAAAAAAAAAAAAGUGUGUUUAAAAAAAAAAAAUAGAAUUUUUUAUUCUCUUAAAUUAUAUGAUGAAAAUAAUGGUAUCUUUAGACCAUUUAAUGGCGAGAAAAACUGUAUAUAAUAUGUGUGGGUGCAGUAAAUGAGUAAGAAGAAAAUUACAGCUAAACACGAGCUGAAGGAGCUGAAGAGGAGCGACUGGAUGUAGAUGGCAGCGGCCAUAAGGGAUAGGUUUAGAUAAGUGAAACUUACCUUCUCUUGCAUCCCAUGGCCACCAGAAGCCAAGCGGAGCAGUCACUGUUUGGUGUCUUUGUAAAUCAUGCAAAGUCCCCAGAUGGUGAUAGGUACCUUAAUAAAAAAGCAUAUUGUAUGGCUUCUAAAUGAUUCAUCUGUUCUCAUCUACAGAUAAGAAAGAGCAGGAAGCAGUAAAAAAACCUCACAACAUGGAAAAAUGUAUGGGAUUGGCAAACAUUAAAUGGUUACCAUACUUCUAGGAAUACAAAGCUGUAUUCCCUCUGAUGGACAGCCACUAGAGGCAGUCUUAGUCCUGUAAUGUAUUGCAAUAAUUAACAAUGCAGAAUUAAGAGGACAGGGUCACUGCACCCAGACAACUUCAAUGAGAUGUUUUUAAAUUCCCAGCCAUUGUAGAACGGUAUGAUACUUGGACAUUUAUAUGAGCUUUUCCUUGUACACCUUACAGUUUCUUAAUUUGACGAGUAAUGAGGAAUUGACUGUAUAUUAUAGGCAAGUUUGACAAAUUGUGAAGAAUAUUGCUUAUUUAUUGCUAUCUCUAACAGUGGUUUUACUUUAAUUAUAUCUGCAAUACAACAGUGAUUUGUAAGUUGUGGGAUUAUCAAAAGCAGAUGUAGCAGGGCAUCUUAAAACAGAAAGUGAAACAGAUUUUUGAGUUUAAUGGGGAAGUUGUAGUAUGGAAUUUUCCACCUGUUUAAUACGUUAUCAAGGUAGUGUGUUUAAAAAAGCAAUGCCCCUUCCUGUGAUGUCUGAUGCCAUCUCGAAAGUUACUAGGAUCAAGCACAUGUAAUGCAGUAUAUAACUUGAGUGAAGGACGGUAGUUAAUUGGCAGGGAAAUUUACAGAAAAGGAAUAUCCCACGGUGCCCUAUGCUUGCACUCUUGGCACCAUGGGAGUGACUAGAGGGCAGGCCUGAGCACCAGGAUGACAGAAUCCGUAAAAGGAAAACCUGUUUAUAGUUUAUACUCUGCUACCCACAUCACAAAAGUUGACAGCUCUUUAGAUAUCUCCUCUUAAUAUGACUAAUUGUUGUCUGACAGACAUUACACCUAAACAUGACAGUUUGGGUAAUGUCAGAUAGUAUCCUGUUUUCAUUUGAGGCAAUAUAUCCAUUUAACUGAUGCUGUGAUCAGAAAAGUGAUAUAUAAUCUUUAUUUAGUAAAUAACUGUCCAAUCGUCUUAUUUAGCAAUAGUAUAGAGCAGGACUUACAUUUUAUGCUCACUGUUGGUGAGUGAACAUUUUUCCCUAGUGAGGAUGCUGCGACUUGCAGUGGUAAGUAACUUUUUAAGGGUCACAAUAGGCAUCCAGACCACUUCUUCUUAUUGAAGUGGUCUGUGUGCAGUGUCCCAGCACCCUUAACCCUGGAAAGGUAAUUAUUUCAGUUUUUUAUUAACUGCAACAAUUACCUUUAUGGGUUAACUCCUCCUCUAGUGGCUAUCUACCAGACUUUUUGUCGUCUAACUUACGCUGGACGUCCUCACGCUAUGCAUAAGGACAUCCAGCGUCACCAGAAUCUCCAUGGGAAAGCAUUGCAUAAUGCUUUCCUAUGGGGAAAUUCUAAUGCGAGCACGGGCAUUGGCGUACAUAUGUGUUAGGUCUUCCCUGAUGGCGGGGGAGGAGUGGAAGCGGACCCCAGCCAGCGCUGAGGGACAUAGAUGCUGGACCCAUGUAAGUAACAGAAGAGGUUUUUAAGGGAGGGAGGUGGGCACUAUAGGGAGCUAUAGUGCCAGAAAAACAGCUGUUUUCCUGGCACUAAAGUUUCCCUUUUAGGACUUGCUAGUAGCAUAGGACUUCAAAAAUACUUGUUUUCCUGGCACCAUAGAAUCCUACAGUGCCCCACCCUCCCGCGGGGCUGAAGAGGUUAAAACACCCUCAGUCACUUACCUGAUUACUGAGCCGUUGUUCAUACUCCCACAUCUGAUGCUCGCCUCCAAGACAUCUCCAGGGCUGCAUCUUUUCUGUGGAACUCCCUUCUCUUAAACUGUCACCCAGUCUCCACCCCUUCAAAAAAUCUUUGAAAACACACUUCUUCAGGAAAGCAUAUCAUUUAAACUUUUAGCGGAUUUUCAUACCCCACUCCCAUGACUUCUCUCCUGCAACUGUCAAAAAUAACCCAAGUUCUCAGUGAAUACUUCUCUAGCAACCUAUUUCAUUACCCCUACUUAUACCCUUUGUGUCACUAUACCCAACUCCUUCUUGCAUGUAAGCUUAUUGAGUAGGGCCCUCAACCCCUCUGUUCCUGUGCGUCCAUUUGUCUGGUUACAGUUACGUGUCUAUUACUCCAGCCAUCCACCCACCGCUACGGAAUUUGCUGGCGCUACAUAAAUGAUAAAAUAAUAAUGUCCCUCGGCGCUGGAUCAGGACUUGCCCACACUCAUCCCCUGCCGACAUCAGCCGCCGGGGGAGACCUAAAGCGCAUGCGUGGCAAUGGGUGUGCUCGUAUUAGGAUUUCGUAGUCGGGAAGCAUUGUUCAAUGCUUUCCUAUGGGGAAAAAUUUGACACUGAAGGUCCUCAUUUAAUUUAUUGUGAAGAAGAUUUUUAACUUUUUUUUUAAUUCUCAGUCAGCAUUUUGAUUAAAAGGGGGGGGAAAAGGAAUGUUGCUGUGCUUUUAUUCUUUAUUAUUUUUUUCUCCUUUCCUUGCCUGCAGAAAAGAUCCAGACAAUGUACGCACACUGUCUCUCUGCAGAUUAAAGGAAUGCUCCAGGGUGGAUUUACUUUGGGGGUUUACGCAUUAAAAUGUACUUUAAUAAAAGCAAGACUCUGAGCUCUGAAUGUCCCUCAAUUGAAUCAGGCUCUCCGUAUCUGCUGCAUUUGCAGUGCAGUAUUUAGAAACAAAGGACAUUUUAAGGUGUGUUAUCCUCCAAUAGCUUUCAGUGUAGGUGCCUUUUUUUUUAUCUAUAGUUACAUAAGACCUCCUGUAGCUAGUGCUUAUGUGCAUUGACCUAUUGUCACUUUCUUUUUAUUGGACAAGCAUAAAUGUCAAGAGGGAAUGUAACUUUACAGGGGCUUUUAGACGUGCACUUCAGUGCUCCUUGUUGUUGCUAUGCUUGAGAAUUGGUCAGUGGAGAGCCACAAACCUCUUCACUGGAUAUACGUUUUCCAGGUCUUCCCAUUGAAACCGAGAGACCGUUUAUCUCCAUAUUAUGUUAGAUGCAUUCCUGAAGAUUGUUUGGAACACAGAUUGUAAAGCUGAAAGACCUGUGCUAUUUAUUGGAUUAAAGUUACCCAAAGCACCAUAACCAUUUAACUGAUUUGAAGUGGUCAUAGUACUUGAAGACUCUAUAUGCAGCAUUUUGCUUUGACCGUUGCAGCAGAGAGAUUAAACUAUGUAAGUCCACCUCUGGACAUGUCAUUGGAGUCAUUAGCCAGGACUGAACACGAGUUUCGGGUGGCUAAUUUGAAAGUGGCCGUCAGACAGCCGUGGAGGAUUGGGCUGCAGGGAGAACUUUGCUUUGGGCACUGAAUCAAGGUGAAUUUUAGCUGCUUUAUUUAUUUUGAAUAUAUGGAGACAGACCAACAUUGGGUUAGACUUUAUGAAAACACUGGUUUUUGGUUGGAGUAACCCUUUAUGUUUUCAUUAUUUUAUAUAGAUACCUACCCAAUGUUUUACAGUGGAAUAGAUUCUAGCAUAUACACAGUGCUCCAAAACCUUUAGAGUGGUAUAAACACUGGUAAUGGGCUAAUGUACUUCAUUGCUUUUGAUAGACCCAAAACUGUGUUUGUCUGGUUUAUCAAGAGAAAACAAACUAUGAAUUAACCCCUUAAGACUGGAGGGCGUACUAUUACGCCCAAUUUUAGGCGGUUCUAAACGCCGCCGGGCGUAAUAGUACGCCCUCCGGUCUUUCAUUACUUACCCGGUCGCCGGCGGUCCCACGCCAGCGAUCACGGUGGGGGGGGACUCCCAGGGAUGCCCCUCCUCCGAUGCUCCCCGGCCAUGUGAGAGUGAGGUCCUUCGGAGGACCUCCCAAUCACAUGGCCGGGAUAGCUGGCUGGAAAUAAAAAUAAAAUUAGUGUAAAAUUUUAUAUAUAUAUAUAUAUAUAUAUAUAUAUAUAUAUAUAUAUAUAUAUAUAUAUAUAUAUAUAUAUAUAUAUAUAUAUAUAUAUAUAUAGAGAGAGAUAUAGAUAUAUACACACACACACUGUCUAGGUGUAUUUUACUAUUAAUAUAUAUAUUAUUAAUAUCAAAUUACACGUAUACUGAUUAUAUAUAUAUAUAUAAUUAUUGUUAUAUAUAUAUAUUUAUAAUAUAAAAAAAUUAAAUAUGUAAAUACGUUAAAAAAUAAAAUUAAAAAAUAAUUUAAAAAAUAUAUAGAUGUGUUAUGUUGUUCUAACUGUAGUGUGAUUAAUAUAUAUAUAUAUUUAUAUCAAAAUACACGUAGAACAAAAUAAUAUAUAUCUAUAUACAUAAAUAUAUACGUAUAUAUCACUAUAUACCUAUAUAUAAAUAUUUUUAAAAAUUUAUAUAUACAUAUAUAUUCACAUACAUAUAUUAAUUCUACAUAUAUAUUUAUGUAAUAUUUUUACAUAAUUAGGUAUCUUAAUUACAAUUAGCGGGAUCUGCCUGACAACCCAUGACAAAAGUAAAGGGAAUUUAAUUAGCUAGCACUAUAUUUAACCCUGUAACUUUCCAAGACACCAUAAAACCUGUACAUGGGGGGUACUGUUCUACUCGGGAGACUUCGCUGAACACAAAUAUUAGUGUUUCGAAACCGUAAAAUGUAUUACAACGAUGAUAUUGCCAGUAAAAGUGAAGUUUUUUGCAUUUGUUUUUUCACAAACAGCACUUACACGACGAUAUUAUUGCUGCGAUACUUUUUACUGUUUAGAAACACAAAUAAUUGUGUUCAGCGAAGUCUCCUGAGUACAACCGUACCCCUCAUGUACAGGUUUUAUGGUGUUUUCAAAAGUUACAGCGUCAAACAUAAGGCUUGUGUAUCAUUUUUUUUCACCUUAGAAUUCAACAGAUUGGUUACUUGCCUUUGAGACACUAUGGUAGCCCAAGAAUGAAAAUUACCCCUAUGAUGGCAUACCAUUUGCAAUAGUAGACAACCCAAGGUAUUGCAAACUGGGUAUGCCCAGUCUUUUUUAGUAGCCACUUAGUCACAAACACUGGCCAAAAUUGGCGUUUUUUUGCAUUUUUCACACACAACAAAUACGAACGCUAACUUUGGCCAGUGUUUGUGACCAAAUGGCUACUAAAAUAGGAUAGGCAUAAGGCUAUCCUAACUAUAAGAUAAGACUAGGGAGUAAUGAAAGUAUUUAGAAAAUUGGGCAGACUAGAUGGGCCGAAUGGUUCUUAUCUGCCAUCACAUUCUAUGAGUCUAUAAAAAAGACUGGACAUACCCCAUUUGCAAUACCUUGGGUUGUCUACUAUUGCAAAUGGUAUGCCAUUAUGGGUGUAAAUUUAUUUCCUGGGCUAUUAUAAAGUCCCAAAGGCAAGGUAACCAAUCUGGCGAAUUUCAAUUUCAAAUGUAACGUGCUAUAUUUGACCCUGUAACUGCCCAAAACGCCAUAAAACCUGUACAUAGGGGGAACUGUUUUACACGUGAGACUUUGCUUUUACUGCAAUAAAAUGCACAUAUUUGUAUUCAGCAAACAGUAUUAUGACAUUGACAGUUAAAAUGUCAUGUAGAACUAAAAAAAAUCCAAACAAAUCUUAUUUUCUCCUAUUUUUUUCAUAUUAAAUUAUCUUUCAUAGCUAAAUAUUUGAUAUUAAAUGAAAGCCCUGUUUCCCCUGAAUAAAAUGAUAUAUAAUAAGGGUGGGUGUAUUUAAUAUGAAAGAGGUGAAUUACGGUUUGACAGACAUGUAGCGCAAAUGCCAGGUUUUGUUUACAUUUUGUUUCGUUCACAACGUGUACAUUUGGCUCAGUCCUUAAGGGGUUAAACAUAAAGCAUAAACUUGUGUAUAAAAUACAGUCUACUGAGGUAUGAUCUUUUACUGAAGUCAGGUGAAUUGAUAGAUUUGGCCUCUUUCCUGUGAAAUCUUGUUUAGAGUUGCUUAGAGUUGUUCUAUAAUUCACUACUGAUAAACUGUAGGCUGAACCACAAAGCAUUACAUGGACAUCAUAAAGUUGUGGCUUUGAGUCAGAGUAAUCUAAACACAAAAUUCAGCACGCCACCCUUAAACUGAAUACAUUUAUACUUAAUAUUGGAAUGUUCCUUUAAAGCAGCACUGUCCUUAUGCCUUUGUAUCUUAAUGUCAAGUAAUGACAAAUGGUUAGGCUCUUGCUAAAGCUCUGCCUGUUGCCGAAGCUUGCUCAAGAUCAUGCUCUACAUAUGAAAAAGUAGUCCUUGUUUAUUUUUUUUUAUUUUUUUUUUAUACAUAUAAAACCAAAAUGAAGGUAAAGAUAAAAAUAAAUAAAAACCAGGGGGAAUAGAGGGCCAAAAUAUGGAUUAAUAAGCAAAAUGACAGUGCUGCUUUAAAAAUAGUUUUAUAUAGUCAUAGUUAAGGUUGACAUUACUUAAGUAAUAAACAUUACAGCUGUGCUUAAGAAGUUUGCAUAUUAAAGUGCACCAUUUUCCUCUUAAAACAUUGCUACUCCAACUGCUUAUUUUAACCUUCUUUGCACUGUUCCCUGCCUUCUCCUUGCUGAAGCUUUCCUCUCUAUGCUGUAACUUUAAACUGCCAAUAGGAAGCUUUGUAAUGGGGUAUAUCACAGCAGUAUUAUGUUUUCAGGUAUUUUUGCUAGAAGGUAGAUUGAGCCAUUAGCAUAGAGUGGCAUUUUACACUUUCAAUGUGACCGCUAAGUACUUCAGCUGCUUUUGAGGGUAGGCCACAUAAGUUUUGGCUGCGUCGGCGAGUGAAACUGUGGUUUGUAUUAAACCAGAUUCCAGCCCAGUAGGCAAUCUGCAAUCGUUUGGUGCAGAGGAGCCGGCCUACUCCACUCGGAGGGUGACCCGCAGCCAGCAGCAGCCCACCCCUGUGAGUCCGAAAAAAUACCCACUCCGACAGACCCGCUCAUCGGGAUCAGAAACAGAGCAGGCGGUGGACUUUUGUGACAGAGGUACGGGGGUGCAGCCGAGCUUCAAAUGCUGGCGGACGCGCUCUCUCUCUCUUGUCAUAGUAGAUGCACGCUGGCUGUCUGUUUAGCUGUGACCCAGUAGAGUAGAUCUCUCUACGUGUGCCAAGCGCUAAAAGGUAACAUGGCAAAACAGUCUUUUUUUUUUUUUCUCCUUUGCAGAUGCUAAGAACACAGGUGAUCACGAUGAGUCACCACCUCGCACCCCGACUGGAAAUGCACCAUCAUCAGAAUCUGACAUUGAUAUUUCCAGUCCCAAUGUUUCUCAUGACGAAAGCAUAGCUAAGGAUAUGUCUCUCAAGGAUUCUGGAAGUGAUCUCUCUCACCGGCCAAAACGUAGGCGCUUCCAUGAAAGCUACAAUUUCAACAUGAAGUGUCCUACCCCUGGCUGCAACUCAUUAGGUAAACAUAUAUUUUGGAGAGUAGUUUUAAUUUUUUUCUUUCCCUUUGCUGACCGCCUUUCACACUGGUUUUAUCUGAGUUCAGUUUUCACUUUUCUAUUCUACAAAAAGUUUUGGCUUGUCAGCAUCUCUAGUGCUCUUGGUGUUACCCAUGUGCUGGUUAAAGGUAGAAAUUAUGUGUUUAGGUAAAGGCUUCACUCAUACCUUUUUAGAUGCUAUACAAAGCAGACUUCCAUGGUCAGCGGUUCUUCUGUCAAACUUGCAACUACUCGUACAGUGUUAUGGAAAUUUGCUGGCACUAUGUAAAUAAUAAAAUAAUAAAUAAUUUGCUGCUUGUGAUUCUAAAAUAUUGUUUUUUGAUCCCAUGAACUGAUUAUUAUUAUUUUAAUGUCAUCCGAUCAAUAGGCCACCUAACUGGGAAGCACGAGCGGCACUUCUCAAUUUCCGGCUGCCCCCUGUACCAUAACCUGUCUGCUGAUGAGUGCAAGGUAAUCCUAUGUUUGUUUGUUUUCCUGGUAUGUUGUAUCUCGGCAUACAUGCUGAAAAAGCUUGCAUCCUAUUAGUUCACAUCUCCCUCACUUAGGUUACCACACCCCCUUCUCGAUGGCUUACAUAUACCGAAUUGUGUUGAAUUUCAGGUAAGAGCACAGAGCCGUGACAAACAGGUGGAAGACAGGAUGCUUUCCCACAGGCAGGAUGAAAAUAACAGACAUGCCACAAGACACCAGGUAGGUGACGUUUGUGGCAGGAAUCACAUUAGAGGCUUUGUCCUUUAAAGUGGCUCUCUCAUUUCUAUGAACCAGGGUAUAUAUAGCCCUAUUCUAGUAGUCCUACUCAAAUAGUUUUGGCCAAUUCUCUUUUAUACAAAUCUGCAUCUGAUAAGCACUUUGAUUGUUAAAUACAAAUUAUAAAAUACAAGAUAGGUCUGAAGAAGACGUAGCGCAAAAAGGACAUCCCCUUUUUCUAUUGAAGUAAUGAAUUCCCCAAAAAUUAACCCCAAUUGGAUUAAAAUACAACUUUUUCGUCAUGUGCAAAAAAAGUUGAAGGCCAUAUCGGUUUCAAAUUAUUUAAAAAAAAAAAAAAAGUUAAAACUUUUUUUUGUAUUUUUAUUUACUGCAUAUGACGUAGAUUUACUAUAUAAUGCUGUGAGGGCUCAUGCUCACCUACUGUGCUUUGAAAGGAAUGUCAGAGCAGGCAUAUUCUAGUACAGCACUUUCAGGGCAAAUGCCCAUUUGUAUUCGAGUUCUCUUUGAGCAUCAUAGUGCAGACACAUCAUAGUGUUAAUUGGAAUGAAUAAUUUAGGUACUGUAAAUAUCAGAGAAUGGAAUCUCCUCUUUAAAUAUACAAUUUUAUUUAUUUUGAGCUUCAGGGCUGUAGUUCAAGGAAUCUAAAUGUUAUGUCAAGUAGAGAAUCUCUACAAUAGAACCCAAGGCUGUAGGAUUCUGAUAGGAGGUAAACAAACCAGACAGGACCAUGUGAGACGGGCAUGAAACUAGAGGAUGGUUUGUAUUUUCCAGGCACCCACAGAACGACAGCUGAGGUACAAAGAGAAAGUCACUGAACUCAGAAAGAAGAGGAACUCUGGUUUGACAAAAGAGCAGAAAGAGAAGUAUAUGGUAUGCUCAACAAAAGAUGUAAAAAGGAUCACUAAAAUGUACAUUUUACGCCCUAACCUUAAUGCAAAAGUGGAAGAGGGAGUGUAUGUGUUACAUUAUAGAAGUUAGUCUUUGCUCCCAAAAACCAAUUUUAUGCCACCAUAUUUAAGAACUCUUUACAUGUAUAUAUUCAGUCCCACUGAAUAUAUAAGGCAAGUUAGGUAGCGAUGAAUACUUAUAGGUUCUGUGUUUAAAUAUUAAAACUACUUUUAGCACAACCAGUUUUAUUAAAUGUUUAAAUUGCCAAAAACCUAAAAAUAUAAAGUCUCAAGAAUUAAAAGUAAAAAAAAAAAUCAGCUUUGCAACAUAUUGUAUACAAUGCAUUUUAGUGAUCCAGAGUCCGAUAUUUAGCAUAUUGCUGAAUUUCCUACUUUAUGAUUACAGUAUCAGCCAUAGAUGUUCAAAAUACUCAUUUAAAGCCGCUAUACUUUUCCAUGCUUCUUGCUGUAUCCGUUAAUAUACCUGCCUUUUGCAAAACCAGUUUUAUCUCUGUUAUAUAAGUGUGCAGUGGUGACCGCUCUAUUUUAUCUCGCUGUGAGUUUCGUACAAAGAAUACUGUGUUAAAGUACAAAAUCACUUUUCUCUGUUAUACUGUGAAUUAUGUGAAUGAAAUUGCAUGCAUGGAAUGAUGGGACUUUAUUCAUUUGUGCUAUAUGUCAUGCUUUGUGUGUGAUACAGUGAUUCUGUAAUGCUAAUUCCUACAGCUUAUCUCUUUUUCUGGGGUUAUGACGGUGUUUAAACUAGGUUACUGAAUCUUCUUAGUUGCAUGAUCAGUACACAGCCAGAGUAAUAACGCUUUGGAAAUACUCAUACAUGGUGUAAUGUAUUCUGUCAUUAAGAUUUUGUUAGUCACCCCCCCUUCUUAUAAUAUUGUGAAGCGCUACGGAAUCUGUUGGCGCUAUAUAAAUGACAAUAAUAAUAAUAAUACGAAUGUUAAAGUGAAACCUUAAAUCCUCCUCUUGAAGCAGGCCUGCAUUACCUGCAAUCCCCCAAAUGUUUAAACUAGGUUACUGAAUCUUCUUAGUUGCAUGAUCAGUACACAGCCAGAGUAAUAACGCUUUGGAAAUACUCAUACAUGGUGUAAUGUAUUCUGUCAUUAAGAUUUUGUUAGUCACCCCCCCUUCUUAUAAUAUUGUGAAGCGCUACGGAAUCUGUUGGCGCUAUAUAAAUGACAAUAAUAAUAAUAAUACGAAUGUUAAAGUGAAACCUUAAAUCCUCCUCUUGAAGCAGGCCUGCAUUACCUGCAAUCCCCCAAAUGUCUUUGAACUACAGUGCCCAUGAUUCUUUGAAUAAAACAGCCAACACCCAUGAUUCAUUUAAUAAAACUGCCAACACCCAUUUUUUUUAUGAAAAAGAUAGCGAUGGAGUCAUGGCUGAUAUCCAGAGGAUCAUGGGAGUUAUAGUUCAAAAUAUCUGAGGGGGGGACAAAGGUUGUGCAGGCAUGUCUUAGACUCUAAGACUUGGAGGAUUCGUCAACUUCUGCAUUCAGCACCACCCUAUGUUUCACUUUGAGAUGAUAAUUCUUGAGUGCUUUGUUUGUAAAGGUUUACAUAUCUGCAGCAAAGCCUGAAUUUCGGUAGUAACAUGCUCAUUUGCAUUAAUUAAUUGUUUGUUGCUUUCUUUCUCGUAGGAACAUAGACAAACCUAUGGAAAUACAAGGGAGCCACUUCUAGAGAACUUGACAAGUGAAUAUGACCUGGAACUGUUCAGGAGGGCUCAAGCCAGAGCCUCAGAAGACCUGGUAUGUAGUGAGCAAACAUAUGUAAUGCUUAGCUUAAUUUGACAAUUCAUUGCUAAUUAGGCAAGAUUUUUGGUGAUUGCAGAACUUGGCACCACUGAUCCAGACCAGUCCAUGUAUAUAAUGACCAAAGUCAUCUGUUUGACAUUGAAUAAAUGUUUUUACUGGGAGAAAUGCCUGCACCGUGCUGUUAGUUGAAUUUUCAUUUAUGUGUGGGUGGAAUGUGCACUCAAUGAAGAGACUUUAACAUUCUCUGAACUGUUUUAAAAUCGAGAAUCUAAAUUCUAAGACGUACACCAUUAACCAUAAGAAAAAGUGAUCUCAAGGUAUAGCUUCGCUGCAGCCCUAAAGUUCCCCUGCAGUAUGCAGCUCAGAAUCUCACACAGAGUGUUCAGCUGAUGGUGUGCAUGAGGAAUGACCAGUCAAAGGCUUUUCAUCCAGAAUGAAUGACAUACCUACGUCGCAUGGGUGCAGCUGUUCUGUUAGACUUCUCAAUGAGCUGUAUUACAGCUCACAGAGUAGUCUUUGCAAGGUAGGCAGGCUAUGGGCAAGCACCUGCUGCUUCUGCUUCACUCAAGGGAGCAAAGCUAGCUAGAAGAAACACUUGUUGGCUGUCUGACAGCCAGGAAGGUGCAACAGGACUGAAUUAUAACUUUGUGUUUCAAGUUUUUUCCUUUUAACAAACAUUACAUUAGGUGUAACAUUCGUGGCUACAUAUUUCUGUAAAAGAAUAGCGAUUCCUUCUCUUGCAAGCUUAUUGUCUAGGAGAUCGUGAUAAGGACAGAAGGCAAUGGGCUUAAUGGAAGAGGAAAGUGAUUUUUUUUUUUUUUAAUGUGUUAGACAAGUUUCAGUAGGAUGUGACAGCAAUGAUGGGGAUAGAGGAGAAACUUGGUCGCUUUAGGAAUCUGUGUGAUCUUUUAGGUGGGGAAGGUGGUAGGCUUGUCUGAAUAGGUGAAUUAUCAGACCGCAUUUAAAUUUGUGCUGAGUAGAACAGAAUUCUAAACAUGACUGUCUGCUUCCCUGCAGGAGAAACUGCGCCUGCAAGGCCAAAUCACAGAAGGAAGCAACAUGAUAAAAACAAUCAUUUUUGGCCGCUAUGAGCUUGACACGUGGUACCACUCUCCGUAUCCUGAGGAAUAUGCUCGUUUGGGGCGACUAUACAUGUGUGAAUUCUGUCUCAAAUACAUGAAGAGCCAAACCAUACUGCGAAGGCACAUGGUGAGUUUGCAUCUUCAGAGAUGGUGUUUUAAGAUUUUAUUUUAAAUUUUACUUAUUUAUUACCCAGUUAAACACACUUUAUAGUCUGGCAGAAUGGAUAACAGUAUGAGAUCUGGUUUGGCUGCAAUUUAACGUUCCUGUCCAAGGAAGUUAUUGUAAGCUGUGUCUCAUUAUUCUCCAUGGAUAGUUGGUAAUACAAAAUAUCAAGUCAUUCCUGUUUUAUUCCAUUUAGUGCCAAAAUUGCCAUAAGUCUUAAGCACAAAUUUCUCCCUUCAGGCCAAAUGUGUAUGGAAACACCCACCGGGGGAUGAGAUCUAUCGUAAAGCAUCCAUUUCUGUAUUUGAAGUGGAUGGAAAGAAAAACAAGGUAAGAUUGUAAGCUCCAUAGCCUACUUACAGGAUACCAUUUAAACAAGCCCUUUUCCCUGGAGUACUGUUACCUAGAGAAGAACUUAAAUUCUGAGAUUGUGUUCUUUGUGUCUGCUCCUUUCAGAUUUACUGCCAAAACCUGUGCCUUCUAGCAAAGCUUUUCUUAGACCACAAAACACUCUACUAUGACGUGGAGCCUUUUCUCUUCUACGUCAUGACGGAGGCGGACAACACUGGCUGCCAUCUUAUAGGCUACUUUUCCAAGGUAUGUUUACAGUGGGCUUUUUUUUUUUUUUUUUUAAAUAACCUUCCUCUGUCUAAUCAUACUUAUUACCAGGAACAUACGUCUACUUUAAAUCUCAAAGAAAUGUACAAUUGUUGGUAUCUUGUAAUUUUUAGGGGGGGAGGGGGGUUUAUUUCGUAUUUGUGUAUUACAAAGCUUUUUGACGUGCAUAAAAAGCAUUAUGCUAUGUAUGGUAUGUUUGGGUUACACACCUUUUUAUAGCAAAUAUUAUAGCCUGUUUGGCUGUCUUAAUUUAUUUUAUCCCUGUAUUUUUACUACCAAAAACACCACAAUAAUUGCCUGAAAGCUAGACAGACAUUAGUGAAGUGAUUGUCAAAUGUGUGAUUAAUUACAGUGAUUAAAGACCCAUUUUGUUCUGCAGAGAUAGUUGGAAAUCUUGUUCACCGCAGAUUAGAAAAUUUGGAGAAUAAAGCAGGCAGAAAUUAAAUUCCUAUUUGAUCAUUUAUUAGAAAGUAAACAUGACUCAAAUUCAACUUGGUUGGAUUAGGUUAGUCCAUCCUUCUGGGUAUUUUUAAAAAUAAAUUUGCCAUGAUCUGAGCCAAAAUAUGUUUAAAAAAAUAAAAAGUGUGUGUGUGUGUGUGUGUAUAUAUAUAUUUGUGUAUAUAUAUUGUGUGUGUGUGUGUGUGUAUAUAUAUUAGUAUACACAUACAUGUAGUGGCUAUGGUGCUUUGAGUCUUUCUUUAAAAUGUGUAAACUUGCUCUUUCUAUUCCUGUCCUUUUCUCCUCAAACUACCAUUCAUUCUGACAUAUCUUCAUUUUUUUAGGAGAAAAAUUCCUUUCUCAAUUAUAAUGUAUCUUGUAUCCUGACAAUGCCACAGUACAUGAGACAAGGUUACGGCAAGAUGCUGAUAGACUUCAGUAAGUGUUUUCUAUUUUGAAUAUACCCAUGACUAAUUCUCUAUUCACUUAUCUAAUGUUCAUUUUUGUUAGCAAUAAGUUUCUAAAUUGAAACUAACAGGGUUAUUCAAAGUGAAUUCCAAUGUAAGGCCAGAGUAGCCGAACUGGAACAUUUAGAGAACAUUUCCAAUUCAGCUACUUUUACCUUGAAUUUGAAAUUUACUUUAAAUUAUCACUUUGUGAGCAUUACCCUGUAAAGACUCAUGAUAAGCUGGCAGUAUAGAGUAGAGAUGACGACAACUGUGGAGAUUUAAAGGAGAUAAGUCUCCAAUGAUUUGAAUACAGAAUAGUUUAUUCAAAGAAAUUGAAAUAAAGGUGGCAUAUUCAGUUACUCUGCAUAGCUGCCACCAUGUCAUAUUAGCAAAUGUAACUUAAUCUUUUACAUUCUCAAAAGAGGGUAAUUUCAAAGGCAACCCUACCCCUCUCCACCCUUAUUUACUGGAGGCAGUCGGUGUUUACUUGUGCUGAUAAUUGAUUGGUUGAUGACACUGCCAUGUUUUGGCUGCAUUGUGAAUUCACACAUGACACAGGCUAUAAUGGGUGUCUGUAAUUUACAGAAAAGUAAAGUAAUCUGGAUUGAGUUUUUAAGCAUUAGAUUAUUUUUUUAUUGGUAGCCUGGAGUGUUCCAGUAACUCACAUAUUUUUAAUGUCUCCACGUCAUUUUAGUGGGUUCCUAUUGGUAGGAGCAGAAAUCUAAUUCACCCUUCAGGCUACUGUUUACAUUAAAUUAUUUAAAUGCCUGGCUUUGCAGUGCAGACCUGUUGAUACUGCUAAAAUUGGUGGUGGCUGUGCAAAAAAAGUUAGCUAUUGCAUGUUUAGCUAAUUUUCCACAAUUUGGAUUGAAUUAAAAAAAGAACCACUGUUUUAAAUGAAUUUGUUGAUUAACCUUAAAGGAUUUAACCAAAAGGACUCAUUGUAAAUUACACAUUUUUUCUGUUCCUUCUGUAGUGUAAAUUGAAGUCCGUUUCUGUAAACUCACUUGCAGAAGUAAAGUUUAACUGUUUUAUGGGACACCUAUGCAAAGUUUGCUUUCAGCUCACGGCCUGAAUUUUAAGACACAAAUGUAUUUCCAUAAAUAAAAACAUACAAGCAAACACUGGGGUCUGGGAUAAUGCAGGUGGCUGCUACAGAAUUAACCAUUCUUUAAAUUUUUCAGCAUCUAUAGCCAAAAAACAAAUUGCACCAUAAAAUGUUAAUAUACUUCCAGUGGAUAAGAGUGUAGCCUUCCCAAACCUGCCACUGUGUGGUAGGAAGGGGGAGAGGUCUGUGAAAGAAGUGUUAAGUCUGCGUGUGUGCUGAACAGUCUGAGGCUGAUUAGUAUAAAUCUUGUCCAUGCUGUAACACUGUAAAGCUUUCACCAAGUUAGUGUGUGCUGAAAUAGGCUCCAGUACAAGUUGAGCUCUUACAGGAAUCACCAAUUUAACAUUGAAAUAAUUCUGAUAGGCUGAUCCAAUGUGAAACAUUUUGUCUUCUCCAAGGUUACUUGCUUUCAAAGGUUGAGGAGAAAGUUGGUUCUCCAGAGCGUCCUCUCUCUGACCUUGGGCUCAUCAGCUACCGCAGUUACUGGAAGGAGGUUCUCCUGCGCUACCUUCAUACCUUCCAAGGCAAGGAGAUUUCAAUCAAAGGUGAGCAUGAAAUGUUAUUUCGGAAUACUGAGUUUUGUACCAGGAUUGGAUACAUUUCACACGUGAUUACGAUCCUGUUAGUGGCGUUACUUUAACAUUGUGUUUUCUGCUUUGUUAGAAAUUAAUCUACCCGCUUUUUAAAGUCUAUUGAAUUGCACAAAUUCUUACUAAUAUAAAGUACAAUUUAAUUUCACCAAAUCUCCAUGCAUAACUUUGUGAACAGUUGUGAUAACUAGCAGGUCAUCACAUAUCAGUUUGUAUUUGCCGUUUGUGUGGGUUACUGCGAUUUUGUUUGUCCUGUUUUUGCAUUCAGAUACUGACCUGUACUAUAUUUGUAAUGCUUACUUAUCUUUUUCUUGUGUCUCUUGAUCUAAAAGGUAACAUGUUCAAUUUUAGAUCUUCUGGCUUUGCCCAGUGCUGACCCCUACUGCUUCUUCCACUUAUCCUGUAUAUUUCAGGACUCCUGCCUAUUUCUGUUUAUUAACACUCCCUGUCCCCACUUCCCUAAUGGCUUGCUUUCUGUGCUGUUGCAGAGUGGGUUCCCUUGGGCAAUGCACAGAUGCGAGAUGUGAGCUGAUAUUGCAGUGAGCCGUUGUGGGUAGUUGAUUUGUUGUAUUUAUACAUAGAUAACUAUUGUCAUCAGGCAUAACACGAUAUUGUGUAUUUUCAGGCUUUUUAUAGCCUUUAUAAUAAUGUGGUAUUCGUAAAUUCCAUCAGAUAUUGUGAUUUAUUUAAAAAAAAAAAAAAAAUUCUAUAAAGGAAAAUGCGAGUUCAAUGAAUUGACUCCCUGCUUUGUGUUUCAGAGAUAAGCCAGGAGACAGCAGUGAAUCCAGUUGAUAUUGUUAGCACGCUGCAGGCUCUUCAGAUGCUGAAAUACUGGAAAGGGAAGCACCUUGUGUUAAAGAGACAGGUAACUGUGCCACCAGAUGCCAUUCUUUCUGCCCCAGAAUACAGUGCUCAUUUCGAUGUUAUGGCUGUACAUAUUGUGGAGGGUGUCUCACAUCCCAUAAUUGACAUUAUGAUAUCAGGUAAUCAAAACAGGUCUUGUGUCAAAGAUUCCUGUUGAGGAUGACAUUUUUUGUAAGUCGGUGGCAUUUCUUGUACUUUGUUUGUGUUGGAAAUAAGUUGAUACAGGGUUAAAUAAUUCCACUGUGAAUUUAGUUUGUCCUUUCCUCUAAAUGUUGUGCUGAUGAGAUGUGUUUAUUUUUGGAGUAAUAGUGCCACCAAGUGGGGGAAGAGGAUGGACCAUCUUUUUUUUUUUUCUUUUUUUUUUUUUUCACAACCACAGCUUUAAACUGAUUUUCUUGUAUUUGGGGAAGUGUGUGAAUUACAGGGCUUUUUGACCUACAUAGAAAGCAGUAAUUUAAAUGUAAUGAAUGGCAUAUUAAUGUAUUAUUUUAUUAGUGGCAUUUAUAAAGCGCUAACAUAUUCUGCAUGUACAAUUGUGUAUGUUGAAAAUUUUAUGCAACUUUGGACGAGUUGUAUGUUGUCUGACCCAGUACUCACAAUUUUGCCAUUUUCUGUAACUAAGGAACUAAGGUUACAAAAUGGAGAGUAUGGAGUCAGAAAACUCAUGAGUGAAGGUGCAGAAAGAUGGAUGUGGGCAAGGCAGGAAAGUGAUUUGUUCAACUAUUUAAAUAUAAACAAAUUUACAUUUUUUUUUAAAAUCGAUUUCAACAAAAAUUAUAUUAAGAUAUCAAAGGGACACUAUAGGGUCAGGAUCACAACAUGCCCUGGCAAAUCGGCAUCUCCUUACAGUGAUGUAUUGAGUCAGUGCAUCUCUAAGGGGGAAGUUCACUGUCUCCAUGCAGAACGUGAAGACACUGAACUUCAGUGCAGCAGUGACCCAAAAAGUAUCUCUAGUGUCCGUCUGAGUGACUGACUCUGGAGGUGUCCCUCGGAAGCAAUGUAAACAUUGCCUUUUCUCUGUAAAUGUAGUGCUUACAUCAAAAAGCCUGCAGGGACAUGCUAUACACUCUAGAGCUACUACAUUAAGCUGUAGUUGUUCUGGUGACUAUAGUGUCCUUUUAAAAGCAUUUGAUCACAGUGGUACUUUAAAACCAUGUAGCAUAUAUAUUAAUUUAUCUAUUAUGUUCAUUAUCACACCUAUUAAAUAACCACUGCCAGCAAAAGAGCAGCAUUAGUAUUGAAACAAAACAUUAAGCAUACUGUAAAUCAGUGCUCUUUUGUAAACUGGAAAAAGAGCAAUUUGGGUGCUGAAGGAGUGCUCUGGUUAUGACAUGUUUGUUUGGUGCUCACACACCAGAAGGAGUCUGUAAAACGGAAAAAGCAAGUAUUUGCUACAUGACUUAUAGUUUCCAGUGCUCUGACAUCCUCAGGGAUCUGUGUGCUCCCUGGGCAACACCAUAGCCUCCUAUUAGAAUGACUUGCUAUUGCUCCCAUACGUGUGACCUUUUCAGAACCAACUUCUGAGAUCGUGAAACAAGAAUACUUGACAUUUGAUUAUCAUGACUUGUAAUGCUAGUAUUGCAUUCACUGAUCAUUCCUACUCUAAUAAACUUGACAGUCUUGGAAUUGUAAGCACCUUUUCAUAACUUUAGUCAUUGAUCUCAAAAUCACGAUUCACAUAUAUUCUGUUCAUAUAUGUUCACAUAUAUUCUGUAUGAAGCCCAAGCUCUACCCGCAAGUGGAUAGAAGUUUGGAUCCCAGAGAUCUGCCCUGUGUGUCCCUGAUUACAUUAGGUGCUCUGGCACAGUAAUUAAAUUGAGCACUCUGCCUCGUUUUAGGAUUACUAGGUGUAUUGCUUACUGCUGCCCUUUUAGUUACUGCCGCAUUGGCCAAUUGUUCUUAAUGGAAUGUUUUCCAUUGGUUAGAUCUCAUAUUCGGCUUUACUUGGAGAUGGGCAAGUUUGCUCUGACAACUUUUUUUUUUUUUAACCAGAGCAGUGAGGACAUCCUGUUCUAUUUGAAUUAUAAUCCCAGUGGAGCAAAUGCACAGAUAAAUAAGCUUUUGAAAAUGUUAAUGAAACAAAGGAUUCAACCUCCCCUAAACCCCCACCCCACCCUCCCUAUUAUUCGAAACCACAACUUUUCAGAAUCAUAUGAAAGAACCCAGACAAAUUCCUCUGAGCACUCUCCAGUUGACACCAAUAAAAUGUGCUUGGUAACAGGUCGACUGGAAUUGCUCCUGUUUAAUAAAUCUAGUGUGUGAUCCUCAACUGAAAUAUUUAGUCAUAAUACUUAAUAAUUAUUGUGAUGGCAAUAUGUUGUAACUUUUUUAUAUAGGGCAGUGACCAGCAUAGCUUACCGAGACACUCCAAGCAUCACAUCUACUACAGACUGCUAUAAUGGCCAUGAAGCUAGGAGUGCCCUGGUAAAAGACCUCACCCGGGCACUAUAACCACUACUGUGGGCUUUUAGAACUAGUCAGUAGUCCUAAUAUUGUGCCACAUUUCCUCUGCCAGUGUACAGAUAAUGAUGUGACAGAGGAGGUGGUUUUCUCUGGGCAUGCUUUACAAUCCUGGAGAACAAGAGUUUACUUUGAGAAUACCUAACUAAGUCCAUAUUAAACAUCUAGAGCAACUGGGAAAAUCAGAGUAUGACUAUCCAUGACCUGCCGAUAGCCAUAGUGAGCAAACCUGAAAUCCACCACAGACUGAGUAAGAAUAUACGGUUAAUUUAAAGGGAAAUCUCAAACUUAUGGUCAAAAUAGCAGAACUGGAAAAAUCCUCUACGUUAGCUAUGCUUCCAUCAGCUACACUGGUCUUUGGAAUUGGAAUUCUCACUGUAGUAAGUAACCCUGUUAACGAUUUGUCCAGAACCUCACUGUGUUGAAUAUCUAUCAAGAUAUGUUCACUAAUGUACUCUGUUCAUUUUCACAGGACCUAAUUGAUGAAUGGGCAGCUAAAGAAGCCAAGCGAUCCAACAGCAAUAAGUCUAUGGACCCAAGCUGCUUAAAAUGGACACCUCCCAAAGGAACAUAAACCCGGUUUUUGUCAUAGGCAACAGGCGUGUGGAGAGUAGCCUAUGACUUGUGUGUACUCUCAUCUGGGCCUGGAAAUUCCACCUUCCGCCACAUUUCAAGUGUUCGGACAUCGUUAUGACCGUGCUCAUUUUGUGCAAAAUGAUCUUCUCCACUCCACACUCUGCCCCGUGGCAGCCACGUCUCCCAGUAGCUGUGUGACAUGCUGUAGUUGUAGUAACAUGCAAUGUUACGCUAAUGCAUACUGCUGCCUAUGGUAACGGCUCCCUUGGCGGUAUCAAGGGGGAAACUGGAUUUUAAAUGUAUGGGGUUUUUCACCACCUGACCCUCUUUUGACUGCCACUGGGAUCUUAUUUCUUCCUGUGGCUUUAAGAGUAAAUGAAAUAAGGCUGUACAGUCUCCUUAUGGUUUUUGUUCUGUAUUUUGACCAUCUUACAAUUUUAAUUAAAAUGCAAAAACAGGGUUGUCAUUGCUGGUUAGAGAGAGAUUUCUAUUAUCCCUUCUAUUUUACAUCUCCACAUUAUAGCUCGUUUCAUAUUACUCUUUAUUGCUGAUCCCUUUUACUUCUGCUGUUCUAACAACUCCUUGCCAUAGAUACUCUGGUUCGCUCACUAAGUGUUGAAAAUUAUUCCCUGCAUGGUCCAUUGAGGGUUUGACUAGCAGGGUUAUUCAUUAAACGUGUUGAUUGCAAAUAUCUGACAUUGUCAGUACCCCACAAUAUCCUAAGGAAUAAGGUAAAGUCAUAUGCUUCGAACCCUAUGAAAAAUAUUAUAGUUGGGAGGGAGGGGAAAUGACUUAUGAAAUUUCUGUUGCAUCACAUUUUGUUCCCCCCCAAAAAAACACAUGGUACCCCGUAAUAUGGGGUCCUUAUAGUAUGAGUCAGUGCUAGUGUUUCUGAUAUAAAAUAUGUACAUCUGUUAGUCGAUGAGGCAAAACCAUAUUUUGUAUGUAAAUGGAUACUGGCUAAAAGCAGGUACUGCACAACCCUGUACCAGCCUAUAUUAACGGAUGGCUUCCUUUUAAUUCCAUCCAAAAAGCAAAUCUGCAGAAUAAUCUGUCUCGUCACCUUUUUAUUGGUUUUAAUGAGCAAGCAGAGCAGUGUACUGCUAACUGCCAGUUGGACGUGAGCCUUCCGCUGCUAGAUUCAUAUUAAUGAAUGAAGAUGAAUGCUUUGCGUCCUUUGACACAAAAUCCUUUAUAAAAUGGUUUCAGACAACAGAAUUGAUAUAACUGUCCCUUGUCCUGGGGCGUAACAUUAGGCAACUAAACAGAAAUGGAAUAGGUAAUGUUUUGUACUGAGGCUUUUAAUGAUGUUUUCAUGAUGUCUAGCCAUUUGGCCGAGCAUUGUGGGAAAUGUAGACCAGAACAUCCACCAAUGGUUAGCUGUCACUGUUGUCAUGCUUAAGCUUUAUGGUAACUUAUCUUUAGGUAUUGAUGGUUGUGUCCUGAAACCCAGAUUUACAAUGUAAAAGAACAGUCUGCUAUAUGACUUAACUAGGUUAACCAGAGAUGAAUAUUGUGCUCUGUAGAUAAAAAAUGUGGAAAUCUGACAACAGCAUGUACUCUGCUCCAGGUCUAGAAAAUCCAGAAAAUAGAAUUGUUUGCAAUUUUUUUUUUCUGCUAGCAAACAGGGGGGAGGAGGGGGGUGACUUUUUAAAAGUUGAGACCUGUAUUUCCUGUGAUCUUCUAGCGUAACUAUUGCUCCCUGCAGUCACCAAUUAUAGCCCCACGUUUAUCUGUAGGAAAUAGGAGAUUCUAACUGCAGUUACAGGGAGGCUCAAGGGCCAGUAAGACAGACUUCCCAACAGCCACAGUGGAUUUUCUGGGACUUUUUCAGAUCAUUUUAGUGGGUGCCUUGACCCUGAUCAGCUGUGAGACAAUCUGUGUAAAGCAGCAUGUACGUGCACAGAUACAUGACUUUUUUUACACCACUCCAGUGAGACGUGAAUAAAUGGUUUUUAUGCAGUCAUUUUUUAUUUUUUUUAGCUGCAUUGUUUCAUACCUUAAUGCAGCUUGCAGCUUUUGCCAUGUAAUUCACGGACCCAUGUGCAUGAGCACAACUUUAUUGAUGUGACCAGGUUACAGCAUGUUUUUUUUCCAAACACACAAUACUUUGCAUUUUUGGUCAGCACAUGAACAUUUUUUUUCCUUGCAGUUAUUAGAAUUCAUAUUUGUAGGGUUCCUCAUUUAAUGACCAGUUUUCCAUAGGAGUAUUGUGUGAUGCGUGUCCAGAAAAAUGUGUUGGAUCUGGCAACUCUACGUCACAUGUGUGCAAUAUCCCUGCUCUGAAUGUCGUCAUGCGUGUGCAAAGUCUUCUUGAGAUUACUGCUCACCUUUCUCUUCCUUAUGCCAAAUAAACAGCGUCAUCUAAAGAAUGUUCACGUUUUAAAAUAUUAAAGUUGUGGCAAUACAAAAAAAUGCUAAAUAUCACUUUAAACCAACCAUUUCAGAAAUGGUAAAAUGUACUGCUUUAGUUAACAGUUAAUAGCCUUCUGAGAACUGUUGAAACCUGUCUGUCUCUCUAGGAGUUAAAUAUUAGUAAAACGGCCUAUUAAUUUGCCCUUUCUACUUAAGCUUCCUUCUGUCUUAUUGAUUUAGCAGGAAAAAGUAAUUUCUAUCGAUUCCAAGCAGAGCUCUGUGUUGCUAGGAGCUCUGUAAAUGUUAAACAUGGGUUGCAAACUUUUAUAGCAUGUCCCUUGUGUGCCAGCACAAAGUAUAAUUGACAAGACUAUACACUUAAUUAAGAAAUGCUUAAUGGACUACUCUACAGUAACUGUGUAUUUAACAUCAAGAAAUAUCCUAACUACCCAGAGUCAAAUCACAUCUAGUAAAUGAUGUCCUGAUCAUUGGUACAGCAAACUCUCCCUUUAUAGAAGGAUCCUUUGAGACUCUGAACAUUGAACCUUUUUACUGUGCAUACAACUGGGUCAUUCGCCAUUGUAUAACUUGUUCAGGAGCCAAAAUUCAUUUCAAACUUUAGGAUAAAGAGUUAGACUUAAAAACUUGGCCAUCUUAGAGAAUUUCUCAAUUUUUAAUGAAGAUCUGAAAUUCACUUGGAAUUCCUGCAUAAUUGCAAUUGAGUGAAUAACCCAGGGACAGAACCUUUUUACUUUCUUAAACAAGAGUCAGUUGAUUUUAAUCUGUAUAUAGUUAGAUCUUUAUAUUUAGAGCCGAAGACGUCACUCUUAAGUUAUCACAGCUAUCCAGCUUAAAGAAUAAUGUAUAUGGAAAAAAAAACUUAUUUUAAAUACAAAUAAGAUUUGUCUUCGGUAACCAGAAAUAGAACUAUAACUUUGUUUUCUUGGGGUACACUAAAUUUCAACUAUUGUUUUCCUCAUCUAGUAAGUCGUCAUUUUUGGCAGAUGUCCUAUUGCCACUUCAGUGAUUGUUUUGGUGAAGCCUGGAGAUAUUCAACCGUGGCUUGCUAGCAACUAUUGUACUGUUCUUCAUGUUUUGUGAAUGGACUUAAAUAGUAGGUGGAGGCCCAAGGUUUGAUAUCUUUGAAGCCAUGCCCACAGACUGCUAUUAAUGCUUUCCAAGUAAAAAUGGCAGCGUCGUUAAUGUUUUACACUAAUUGCUGGAAGUCCUUUUCCGGACUGUUGGCUCUGAUAGUUGUAAGCAGUCUUGCAAUAUUCACUACAAUGUCACGGCACAUAGUUGAUGUGAGAUCGGACAACUCUGAUAUAAAUUUGGUUCUUAUGUUCUGUUUGAUAUGGAUCCAAUAUUUGCCAGUAAAUAACAUUUAUUUUUUUUAAAUCACACAGUCACUUAUUAGGAUCAUAUUGAAGUUAUUGUUAAUAUUUCCAAUCUAUCAUUUUUUUAAAUCGGAUUACUUUUUUUAAUUUACAUGUUCAGUUACAAUAUAUAUUUUUUUUUAAAUUAAAGUUACUAGAUAAGUAGCUAACAAAACUUUUUACAUUGAAAUGUGGCAAUCUAGAAGUAUUUUUUAUUUUUUAUAUAUUUGAAAUUGUGUAAAAUAUUGACUGUUCAAGUGGAAAAGACUAAGAAAUAUGCUUUCUUAUGUAUGCGUCAUCUAGUACAGUGGUUCUUGACUUUGAGUGGGUCCAAAAUUUAGAUCCCUGUGUCAUUUUAGUGCAGCUCUUUUGAUUGGAGAAGUCAAAUUUUCAUUCAUAAGUUCCCAGGCAACAGCCCACAAUAAUUCAAUAAAGUUGGACAAAGGAGCCUUCGAAAACAGGGCACCCCUCCUGAACAGGUGCUGCCAAUCCUCUCUAAAGGGAAAUAACACUUAAUAAAAUUCUAACAGGACAUACUUAUUUCCAAUCCAUCAUAAAGCAGAAUCGGGAAGGAAAAGGGAAGGGUGCACACCAUAAGCUGUUUAGACGAUUUCUGUUACAUACUGUUAUAGAAGUGUUUUCUUAGAAUUAAUGUUAAGUGUGCACUGUAACUGCUUCAUCUCAUUAAAGUAGUUUGAGUGUCUGGAAUAACUUGGCGCUGCCCUUCCAUUCGGCAUUAAACUACAUUUUAAUGCUAAACUAGAUUUAACCUGAGCAGCAGUGGGCGGCUGUGAUUGGUUGGAAAUGCUAGCGGACUGCUUUCAGCCUAUCAGUGCUCAUUGCUGGUAUCGAUUAGUAUGGCUAGAAGGAAGUGUGUAAUAUCUGCCUUAGCCACAUCUGCGGUGGGGGUGAGGGACCAUUAUUUAGGUUAAACUGCUUGAGAAUGGUUUUGUACUGAAUGGAGGGACAGCGACAGGGGACUCCAGGCACUAUAACCAAUUUGAUUACAUGAAAUGGUUAUAGUGCCUACAAUGUCCCUUUUAUUAUAUUACACUUGAAUUUUCUAAGUGAAUAUUGGUGCCCUUAGCUUAUGCCAUGUACAUAAUUUUGGUCCCUAAUGAAGUUAAGAACCACUAAUCUAGUGACUGUUUUUGCACAUUCUUUAUGUACUCAUUGACUAUUUAAAAAAAAAAAAAAAAAACACAUAGUUCCCGUGUUAUAGGAAGUACAUAUAAAAGAUCUGGGGGUAAGUUUCUAUGACCAAAAUAGAUUCACCAACGGCAUUCUAAUGGCACAUUUAGCAGUAGAAUUAAGUGGCAGAUUUGCUGUUCAGAAGCCGUCGUUAAAUAUCGCUCUGGUCCUCUAAUCCUGUUCUAUCUCAGUCCUCCAUCUCCACCAAAUUUGGAAUUCUUUUUACCUUGAGCUACAACUGCCAUAAUUAUCAGCCAUAGAUUUGCAGAAUAUUAUGAGAGCAUUCAAACACCUGGGAUCGGGUCAGUUCCGUAAACCAUACCAUAAAGACCGCUCUACGUAAUGUGCACCAUCAUUAAUAGGGCAGGGUAUGUUUGAGUUGACAGUUGAGAGAAAUUCAUAGUUCUGCUUUGUUUAAUAAAAGAGAUCAUGUUUUUAGUUGGUUUGGACAAUUGCUUAAACUCAUUAGUACCAGAUUCUGUGUAACACAUGCCUUCAUUUAAGAAUAUGUUAACAGUUAGGAUGGACCUUGGUAAACCUGUAGAUGUUGCACUGGUGUUCCGUAUCUUUAACCUAUCUUCCACAAACGGAAGUAAAUGUUACCUGCAGCAGAGAGAUUUCGUGUGCAGUUUAACAGAUUAUUUGCACUGGAUACUUAGUUUAUAUUUAAAGCUUUUUGUUUGUGCUGUUAGAGUAAGCUAUUUUUUUUGUUACAUGCCAACAGGUGUCUUGCCUACCCAAUAAAGCAUGCACUCUUAUUUCAAAUGGCUGCAUGUGUGUGGAUUAUGUAAAUUGAAAAUCAACCAUUGAGGAAAAAGGGGAAGGUUUUAUUGAGGUGUAAUAGUUUGAUUAGAAAAUAAAUAUUCAUAUUACACACACUGGAAAGCUAAUUAAUAGGAAAAUGUCCCAUAGUAUGUGUAUUUGACACAUUUGAUUUAAAACCUAAAUCCCAAUAGUCUAAUUGGUAACACACUAAUGCACAGAUCAUGAUGGAUACGAGCUGAACUAUUUACAAUUUGAGUUUGCAGGUCCAUAUUAUUUACCCCCACAGAGUCCUUUAUUGUGCUAGGUUCAUUAAAAAGUUGAUCCCUUUGUAAAAUAUCCCUAAGUUCUACCCUAACACAGGUGUACCUAUCAUCAGAAAGCAAAGCUGUCUGGGAGUUGUCUGAUUUUAGCCUAUCACAACGCUCAUUGCUGAACGCUAACAACUAAACAAGGUUCUGCACAUACACAAGCACAGGUGUGCGAUACAGAAAGUAUCUUUAACGUGUGUGUGUAUAUAUAUAUAUAUAUAUAUAUAUAUAUAUAUAUAUCUGUGCCGGAAUAUAAAACUUAUUAAUACAAAGAGAACCACGUUCAAGCACAAUACAUAUCAAAAUGCCUAGAUUGUGACUGAUUCAUAUGCAACGCCUUUUUUUAUACCUAGAUUGUUCCCAUUUUGUGCUUUGAUUUAAUAAAUACAUCAGAGGGCAAUCGUUCUAAUGAUAACCCAUCAUUGUCUGAGUAUAAUUCAUAUUAACAGACUAAUACAGAAUUCAGAUACAAGCAUCUAGAUCCUAAUUACUUACAAAUAAUUCAUGUUGAAAAUGCACAGUCAUUUAUGUCUUAUCAUUGAGCAGAUAUGUUCGGAAGAUCCAAGGGUAAACAAACUGUGCCAAGCAAAAUCCCUGUAAGGACUGAUUAUAUACACCAGAACAACUACAUUAAGCUGUAGUGCUGGAGAGUAUAGUGUCUCCUUAAUAUCAUGGCAUCUAAAAAAAAAAAAAUUCUACUUGUUGAAGAUUUAAAAAAAAAAAAAAAAAAGAAGGAAUUCCUUUAUAAGGGUCAUGGGCAUGACAUAGACAACAUGAAUAAAACAAUUGCUAGUACACAUGGAUCUUGCAAGUCGAUGAAAUAUUAAUGAGAGUAAAGCAAGGUUUUAACAGAAUCCAAGUGUAUUCCAAUAUAGCAUGUGAUGUGUGAGUAGCUGUGAGAGAUGUAUGUGGCAGUGUGUGAUGUGUGAGUAGCUGUGAGAGAUGUAUGUGGCAGCGUGUUUUGUGGAGGUAGCUGUAAGAUGUAUGUGGCAACGUCUGAUGUGUUGGUAGCUGUGAGAGAUGUAUGUGGCAGAGAUGUGAUGGGUGGGUAGCUGUGAGAGAUGUAUGUGGCAGAUGUAUUUUGGUAGAUAUGUGCUCAGGUAAUUGACUUCUGCAUUAUAUAAGCGGUUUGAUUAUGGUUGGUGCACAUACACAACUAAAAUACCCUUAAACAGCCGAUUCCUAUUCUGAGGUGGACUUUGUGGUUUUGUAAAGGAACCCAAAUAAAAAUUGUGUGUACAAAUUGCUUGCUCUUUUAUUUCAAAUAUGUUUAUAUUAUUCCCAUAUCCAUUCCGCAACCAUUUUUGGUUGGGUCUGUGUGUUGCUCACACUAGGACAUCAGUCAGGUCAAGGUGAGGGUGCAUAGACUAUUUAAAUUGUGUUCUGUAAGAGAUUGUAACAUUCAGCUAAAGAGCACUGCUAGCAUAUGUAGUUUUGGU